AUGAUGCAAUUUAUAAAAAUUUCAUUAAUAUUUACUGUGAUUUAUGCUGGUUUUAUAUCAGCUCAAGUACCUAUUCCAUCACGUCCAGAUGGAUAUGGUGUUGGUGGACCAGCUGAUGCACAUGUCGUUGUAGAAAUGUUUUUUGAUCCACUUUGUCCAGGCUGUAAAGCAUCUUGGCCAACACUUUUACAAUUAAUUCAAACAUAUACUACACGAAUUCAUGUUCGAAUUCAUACAUUUCCACUUCCAUAUCAUACAAAUUCAUUUGUAGCUUCUCAAGGUUUACAUGUUAUUGCUAAUGCUACAAAUCGUAAUCUUGAUACUAUUUUUCGAUAUGCAACAAGAGUAUUUGAAACUCAAGAAAUGUGGUCUAAUGAUGCAACAAAAUCAAUGACUAUGACACAAAUUAUUGAUUCACUUGCUUCAAUGGUCGAUAAAGCUGGUUUCUUAUCAAAAGCUAGAUUUCUUGCUGGUAUGGCUAGUGAUGAUAUUAAUGAAGAAACACGUAUUUCAUGGAAAUAUGCUUGUUCACGUGGUAUUGUUGGUACACCAACAUUUCUUAUUAAUGGUGUAGCAACAAGUGCAAGUUCAGCAUGGUCACUUGAUGAUUGGAAAUCAGUUAUUGAUCCAAUUUUAGCAUCAAACGAAGAUGUUUCAUCUCAAAUUAAAGAUUGUCCACCAAAUCAAAAGACAUGUCAAUAUGCUCCACAUAAAACACAAUGUUGUUUAGCAGGCGAGAACUGUAUUCCAAAUGUUGGUUGUCGUUGUUUCAAUUUAAAAAAUGGAAAUAAAUGUGCUUAA